UCAAGACAGCCAAUUCGCCCCAUUGACCACUGAUUGCAUGGUUCGGUAUGAAGUCCUCGGCAAUGGCUGUCACUGUCUCCUUGACGGCUGUCCUGAUGGGCACUUUGCAAGGCUGUGGGUGCAGCAGUUUUGUGGUAGAUUCCUGCAUUAGUGCCUUAGACAACACCAAGGCAUUGGCAGGAGAUUGCAAUGAAAUCACCACUUUCCUCGAGUGCUUUGCGCCAUGCUGUGACUAUGACAUGGCCGCGAACCCUCCAUCAGUCACUACGAUUGAUGGGAUCAACAUAGAUGUGUCAAAGGGCUCUUCGGCGAUCGAGUACUGGGCAAGCAAAGCUACAGAACACGGCUGCGUCAGCACUGUUUCGUGCAGUGCCACCGCCACUGUUACCGCCACCGCCACAACGACGGGUGAGGCCUGAGAGGACCUGGGAUUGCCUGAGCAACAGCCUUGUGGAAUGAUGUACAGUAAUCAUCAGCAAUCAGUUUUGUUUUGUUCACAAUAUUUUUUUUAUGUU